AUGUUCAACUCAAUUCAAACUAACUUCGACUCAUUUGACCUCUAUAACUCACACCCAGACUCAUUUAGCUACUCUCAAGACGACUUUACAGACUUUAGUCCCAAAAAUUUCCUUCAGAUCCCUUGCUUCUAGCCUAAGGUUGGUUCGGACCUUGAUAUGUGGCAAGAUCGUGAUCUCUUUACGAAUAAUGAAUUAAGCAUAGUUAAUGAGUCAGCACUCAGUUACAAGAAGAAAGACAAUGAUAUGAUUAAUUACAAUGCAAAUUUAGGUUGUUUAGACAUAGACUAGGUCUAUAAUUGCGAACUUUUGAUCAGAGAGUUUUCGUAAAACGUAUUAUACGGAUCAGUAGGUGAGGAACUCACUGUAGAUGAGUAGUUUUCAGCAAGUUUUCAGGUCAAUAAAAGUGAUUUUAAAGUUAAAAUUCAACAGAAAUCGGGAUAGCUUUAGCAAUCAAAUGGAAUAAUCAAGAAUUAAUCUGUCAAAUCUAAGUAGCAGAAGGUAAAAAUCAAUAGAAAGGAGAUUGCUAGUGAUAUCGCGGGAGUAGACAUCGAUCUGAUGACUAAGCACAUAUUACGAAAAAAUUCUUUCAUACUCAGCAAUGAGCUUGGCCGAGCAAAGAGAGUAUAGCACGAAUAAUACCUUGAGGACUUCCAAAGAAUUGAUGUGCUACUGAAAACAAUUACUAGAGAGAUACGCCGUGUAUACCUUAAAGAAUUCUAAGAGCAGACUAGAUACUUGAAGGUGCAAUAAUACAGAGACAAAAAGUACUAUUUGGUUGCACUAUAAAAAUUUUCCGAGCAAAUUUUAUCUACACAAAAAUGGAGCUAUACGAAAAAUAAUUAAGAAAAAUAAGAUUUAGUAAAAGAAAUGUCUUUUCUCCUUGGCUCAAUGUUUUAUCCAAAGAAGAUGGACACACUCUUUGAAGACAAAUGCUCAUAAAAACUUAUAUCAGAGAUAAACUCUAGUUUAUACUAAUUUACCCUAAAAAAAUUUGAUUUCAUCAAUGGAUGGGAGGCCUAUUAAAUUCUUAUCCACCAUUUUAUGGAAUACCAUUCACAAAAUUCCUUGGUAAUAAACAAAACAAUGAACAAAUAGACUGAAGUAUAUAUUAGAGGGUUCGAUUACUUAAAAUAAAUUCACAACAUUGAGGUUUAAACCAUUAAUUAAUGA